CGGGCCCCGCGAGGGGAGCCUCGUCUCCUGGGAGCCGUGCCCGCUCUGCGCAGCUGGAGCGCCGGCCAGGCCGCCAUGAAGGUCCUGCUACUGAAAGACCCGAAGGAGGACAGUGGCGGCCAGGACCCCUACAUCCGGGACCUGGGGCUGCUCGGGAUGGAAGCCACUCUGAUCCCUGUGUUAUCAUUUGAGUUCUUGUCUCUGCCUGGGCUCUCCGAGAAGCUGUCUCGCCCGGAAGAUUACGGGGGACUCAUUUUCACCAGCCCCCGAGCGGUGGAAGCAGUGGAACUGUGCUUGGAGAAAGACAAUAAAAUUGAAGCCUGGAAGGCAUCCCUGAAAGAAAAAUGGAAUGCCAAGCCGGCGUACGUGGUGGGAAAGGCGACCGCGUCUCUGGUGAGUAAAGUUGGCCUGGACGCGGAAGGCGAGGGCUGCGGCAAUGCAGAGAGGCUUGCAGAAUAUAUUUGCUCCAGGGAGCCACCCGCACUGCCGCUGCUGUUUCCCUGUGGGGCCCUCAAAAGAGAAGUCCUGCCGAAAAUGCUCAAGGACCAAGGGAUCCCCCUGGAAAGCCUGACCGUGUACCAGACGAUUCCACACCCGGGGAUACAGGGGAACCUGAGCAGCUACUACUGCAAGCAGGGCAUCCCAGCCAGCAUCGCGUUUUUCAGCCCCUCUGGCCUCACACACAGCCUCAAGUACAUUCAAGAGCUUUCAGGCGACAGCAUCGACCAGAUUAAGGUGAGCUUUCGCCGCCAUCGGCCCACCACCGCCCGAGCCCUGGCCGCCCAGGGCCUGCCCGUGAGCUGCACCGCAGAGAGCCCCACGCCGGGCGCCCUGGCCGCCUGCAUCCGGGGGGUGCUUCAGUCCCAAGGCCACUGCUGAGAAGGCCGCCCCAGGCCCUCGCUGGGAGCUGCCCCCCGUGGGCCCGGCCUGAGCAUGAACAAGGGGGCCUGCCGCAGCCUCGAGGGGAGCCAGGCCCUGUGUGUAGCCCGGGAUCCAGGGGCCUGCACACGCCGCCUUGUACCGCGUGGAAUCAUCUGGACGCUGGGGAUCCGACCCGAGGCCGGCAGCCGACCCACGAGCACUCACCUUCCCUCCAUGGAGACUAUCUGGGACCCCUGAGUGGAGGCCGCCUGGACCCUUGCCUGGAGCAUGUCAGCUCCCAGGUCGUGAGGCUUCCGGCAGUGGAAGGAAACCAAAUAAACCACCCUGGCGUGUGU